AUGGUGGCUACCACCGAUGUGUUUUUCAUGAGCCUUCCGAGUGCUAAAAAUUCAAAUAUCGGCACAGUGCAGAAAAUUGCCGAUGGUGCAGACGAAGUUAUUCGUGGUCUACGAGCUCUUAAUUGCGAAGAGAGGGAUCCCUGGCUAAUUUUCAUUUUACUUUCAAAAUUGGAUAACGAUACCCGCCAAGCCUGGGCUCAGUGCGCAGAAUCCGAGGAAAAAGGCUCUUACUCUGCAUUCGAUGAUCACCCUACUUCUGCGGUUACUCAUCACGCGGACCUAGACACGAUGGUUCGUUCAUUCAUGGAGAUGGACAGCAUUCAGCCUAACCAGGCUCUCCUAGACGCCAGCGAUCCCACAGAGCGUCAUUUUGCUGCCACACACAAGCGCUCGACGGACGGGGUGUACGUCGUCGAGUAUCCCUUCAAGGAGAAGGCACCGCCUAUUGAUUCGACCUUGCCACAGGCCAUCAAUCGCUUCUUCUCGCUGGAACGAAAAUUUCGUCGGUAUUCAGAAUUGAAGAAGCAGUACAAAGCUUUCCUGGACGACUACUUGCAACGUGGACAUAUGGAACAACUGACCUCGGCUCAGGUUAAGGAGUCCCCAGACACCUGCUUCUAUUUGCCGCACCACGCUGUCAUCAAACUGGACAGUCUGACUACCAAAUGUCGUGUAGUUUUGGAUGGAUCAGGAAAGGACAGCUCUGGAGUAUCGCUCAAUGACAGACUACAUAUUGGUCCACCAAUUCAACGCGAUCUUCUUGGCGUUUGUCUACGCUUCCGGCAGCACCAAUAUGUUUUAUGCGCAGAUGUCGAAAAGAUGUUUCGAGGCAUUAUAAUCUUUAAGCCACACACCAAUUUUCAGCGCAUUGUUUGGCGCAAGACUGAGAAUGAACCUCUGCUUCAUUUUCGCCUGCUGACGGUUACCUACGGAUUGGCACCGUCACCAUUUCUGGCUGUUCGAGUUCUAAAGCAACUUGCCGACGAUCAUGGCCAUGAAUACCCUGCAGCAGCUCACGCUCUCCUGCACGAUGCCUAUGUGGACGAUAUCCCUACAGGCGCCAACACAUUCGAGGAGCUUAUGAUUCUCAAGGACGAGCUUAUAGCCCUCUUGGAUAAGGGAAAAUUCAAGCUACGCAAAUGGAGUUCUAAUAGUUGGCGUCUUCUGCAAUCAUUACCAGAGGAAGAUAGAUGUUUUGAACCUAUCCAGCUCCUCAACAAAUCAGCUGCGGAUUCACCUGUCAAAGUUCUUGGUAUCCAAUGGAACCCUGGGAAGGACGUUCUGUAUCUCAACCUAAAGGGAUGCGAUGCGACCAUUUCUCCGACGAAAAGAGAACUCUUGUCUCAGCUAUCAAGAAUCUAUGAUCCGCUUGGACUGGUAGCGCCGGUCACAGUUCUACUCAAGCUAAUCUUCCAAGAAAGCUGGACAAGUGUCCUGCAGUGGGACGACCCCAUUCCUGAAAGUCUACGUACGCGCUGGAGAGCCUUAGUAGAGGAUUUGCCAGCACUUACGCAAUGUCAAGUACCACGGUAUAUUGCGUCACCAUUUCGAGGUGUUCAACUACACGGAUUCGCCGACGCAUCCUCGCACGCCUACGGUGCGGUAGUUUACGCUCGAGUUGCAGUUGGAUGCAGCUUUCAAGUAACUCUGGUUGCCGCCAAAACACGGGUGGCCCCGAUCAAGCUCGUAUCAAUUCCACGUUUGGAGCUAAACGCUGCCACGAGCUGCUGGACAGAUUCAGAAAUUGUGCUACACUGGCUUUCAGCUCCCCCUCGACUGUGGAACACCUACGUCUGCAACCGAACUUCUGAGAUAUUGAGCGACUUUCCCCGUAGCUGCUGGAACCAUGUUCGCACGGAAGACAAUCCUGCUGAUUGUGCUUCCCGAGGACUUCAUCCGUCAAAGCUUCUGGAGCAUCGACUGUGGUGGAAAGGUCCGUCCUGGCUGGCCACACCCACCUCUGAGUGGCCACCUUCUACAAGCAAGUUCAGCGUAUCUUCAAGUUUCGAUGUCAACACCGAAGAACGAGCCAUAAAGCCCACGACUUUACAUAACUUUCCUGAUGAAAGUAUACACGAGUUACUCAUCCACAAAUUCUCAACCUGGACGCGUCUUAUAAGGGUAUCUAGCUACUGUCAUCGCUUUAUUCACACUCUUCGAUCUCAUCAUAGGAAUUCGGCACCAUUCCUUACGUCUGAAGAGUUGCUGGACGCACAGCGCCGACUUAUCCGACAUGUGCAACAAAAAUCCUUUGCCAGAGAAUAUGGGCAGCUAGAGAAUCGACGCCAGCUUAACGCUAAAUCGCAUCUUAUCCGGUUUUCUCCGUUUCUGGAUGAUUAUGGAGUAAUGCGAGUCGGUGGGAGAAUCGAGCAAUCUACACUCAACUACAACGCCAAGCACCCGAUUCUGAUACACCACUAG